CUCCCGCCAGCUCCGCGCGCCGUGUGACUCUCCCCGGCGCCCGCGCCCCUGCGAGCGCAGGUUCCCCCGCUCCGCACCCCGAACCCGCCGCCCUCCACGCCAGUUCCCUGCAGCCGAGCCAGCACCCCUAGCAGCCGCCCAGGGCGACGCGUCCCCGAGGUCGCCGGUCAGUCCCGUCCGUCCGUCCAUCGCGCCCGCGAGCGGUGCCAUGCCAUUCCUCGGACAGGACUGGCGGUCCCCCGGGCAGAACUGGGUGAAGACGGCCGAUGGCUGGAAGCGCUUCCUGGAUGAGAAGAGCGGCAGCUUCGUGAGCGACCUCAGCAGUUACUGCAACAAGGAAGUGUACAAUAAGGAGAAUCUUUUCAACAGCCUGAACUAUGAUGUGGCAGCCAAGAAGAGAAAGAAGGACAUGAUGAACAGCAAAACCAAAACUCAGUAUUUCCACCAAGAAAAAUGGAUCUAUGUUCACAAAGGAAGUACUAAAGAGCGCCAUGGAUAUUGCACUUUGGGGGAAGCAUUCAACAGGCUGGACUUCUCAACUGCCAUUCUAGAUUCCAGAAGGUUUAACUACGUUGUACGGCUGUUGGAACUGAUAGCAAAGUCACAGCUUACAUCCUUGAGUGGCAUUGCCCAAAAGAACUUCAUGAACAUUUUGGAAAAAGUGGUACUGAAAGUCCUUGAAGACCAGCAAAACAUUAGACUAAUAAGGGAAUUACUCCAGACCCUCUACACAUCCUUAUGUACACUAGUUCAGAGAGUCGGCAAGUCUGUACUGGUCGGGAACAUCAACAUGUGGGUGUACCGAAUGGAGACGAUUCUACACUGGCAGCAGCAGCUGAACAACAUCCAAAUUACCAGGCCUGCCUUCAAAGGCCUCACCUUCACUGACCUGCCUCUGUGCUUACAACUCAACAUCAUGCAGAGGCUGAGCGAUGGGCGGGACCUGGUCAGCCUGGGCCAGGUGGCCCCCGACCUGCAUGUGCUCAGCGAGGACCGUCUCCUGUGGAAGAGGCUCUGUCAGUACCACUUCUCAGAGCGCCAGCCCAGGGAAGGGUAUCAUUAUGCUCACGUGAAACAGAUGAAGAGACUAAGCCCACAAUGGCUGUGUCAUAUCCAAAUUAGUAAAGUGCCUCUCCAGAUCCGCAAGCGAUUGAUUUUGUCAGACAAAGGCCAGCUGGAUUGGAAGAAAAUGUAUUUUAAACUUGUGCGAUGUUACCCACGGAGAGAACAGUAUGGAGACACCCUUCAGCUUUGCAAACAUUGUCACAUUCUUUCUUGGAAGGGCACUGACCACCCGUGCACAGCCAAUAACCCGCAGAGCUGCUCCGUUUCACUUUCACCCCAGGACUUUAUCAACUUAUUCAAGUUCUGAAUCCCAGCACAUGACACCACUUUGGAAGGGUUCCCCUGCUGAUUGGAUGGCUGGGAAUACAGAGUUUGGACACUUCAUUUGUAAAUAGUGUACAUUUUAAACAUUGGCUCGAAACUUCUAAGAUAAGUCAUUGAGAGGACAUUGGAGGGGAAAGAUACAGGUCCUAGCUGGGAAUUUAAGAAUAUGGACUUCUCAUUAGAAUUGGUAUGGAAAAACAGAAAUACUGUAAAUAAACUUUUUUCCUAAUGAUUUGUCAGCAAGACUAUAGAGGCAGGAAUUCUGUUGCAUCAGUGAAAAUUGAAUUCUUUUGAUGUUCAUUGAAACUCCUUUAUAGUUCCCCAGAGAUGUGGAAGAAAAUGGCAAAAUUCACAUACAAGAUAGAACACUCUUUGUUUACAAUGUGUAAAUUUGUUUUAAAGAAGAAAAAUACAUAUGAGAAAUCCCUGGGCUUUGGUUUUGAUUUGGGGUUUGUUUUGAAAAGGCAAAGGAAGCGUCACCCAGCUUAAACACGCCUGGGCAGGGCCUCAUCUGGCGAAGAUAUCACACAAUAGUCUACCUCGGAAAGCCUGCAGUGCUCUCUUUGACAAAGUGCGUUGUCCACUAGGCAGUGUCUGUUUUUCUUGUCUUUUCAUCAUAUAAAAAGUGAUUUAAAAUAGAAAGGGGUUUGGAAAGCAAUCCUAAUGUUUCAGAUUUCCUUUUUAGGUGCCUAGGGCACCCUUCGGAGUCGCCUGUUUUCUAGAACAACCCAAAAACACAUACGCCUCUUUUCCUUUUAUGUUGUAGCUCGUUCAGGGCAACAUAAGGCCAAUUAAAAACAGUCCCAGAGGAAGGCCUGCCACAGAAAAGAGAGAAUUAGUCACCCAAUAGCUGUGAAGAGUCAUUCCUGUUUAACUUUUUGGCUUGUCUGGGCUUCUCGGAGUAGCUUCAUGGAUAAGCUAUCUCUGUGGACUGGUUGGAGCCAGAGUGCUGAUAAAGGCUUGUAAAACAGGUUUUACGUAUCAGCUAAACAGUUUACCGUCUGCUGUUCCUCUUGGCGGGUGAUGAGCUGAGGAGCUUUCUUUUCUUUAUGUCCAACAUCAAAAUUCAGUCAACCUUGCAGGGGUGAUGAAAUAAGACCUGGAGUUCCAGCCAAAUAGGGAACAGAGGUCCUGUGAGUUCAUCCUAAACAUGCUCCAUACCCCAGGGGAUCUUGCUAGGCAAAUAUCAGCAGGUAAUUACAUGGAAGUAAGGAAACCUCAGGACUUAAUGAGCUUAUUGUCAAAUAUUCCUGGGAGUGGUGGUGGUGGGGCUGGGGUGGGGGUAUAUGUUUUUGUUUUUUACUUGUUAUAGAAUUUUGCUUUUCUACAAUGUACAUAUUUUUGAAGUUGUAUUUGCUUUGCCCUUUCUUUUUUUUUUCAAAUGACAUUGUCAUCCUGCAUGCCCUUGGUAAAUAUGUGAGCCUGAAAUAGAAACUUGAUUCACAUACAUGUUAAGAAACAGUAUAUUCUUAGGGGUUGAAUCUUGGGGUGCCCUGAAGAGGAGAAAGAUGGUUAAGCAUGUACAGGAACAAUCCAGAGGACCAGCCAGGGCCUCUUCAUGCCUGUACCUGAUAACACAACCUAAAUAACCAGCAUUCUGAGCAGAAGCCAACCACCAGUCAGUGCUCCUCACUCUGCAAUGUUUGUACCUGCACCAGGGUUCUUUAAUAUUUAUUUUCAUAUUACUCCUCUAAGAAGAAAAAAUUAAAUUGAAUUUAAAUUCUCUCUAAUGAAAAAAAGUAAAGAAUAUUACUGGGUAAGGUUGAGCUUUGGAGGGCCACAAACCACUGUAAUAUCUAAGGGGUUUUGCUACUCCCCCCUACCCCCCUGCACCCCCACUCCAAGUAAAGUCACAUUGAGCCUGCAGGACCUUGGUUGCCAAAUAAGAAGCUAGUUCUUCCAUAAUUCAGAUAGGUUCUCUCAGAUGUCUCAGCUUCCUUAAAGAUGUGGGAUGGAGCUGGUUUUAUUUUGCUUGAAAGCUCUGGAAACUGACAUUUUUAGGUUUAAGCAUUUAUGGUCAUCACAUCUCCCCACCAACUCAUAACCUCUGCCCCUUUGCGCUGAUCGAGUUGGUGGGAAGUCCUCAGUACCUGCAGUUUGUGGUCCCAGGAAUGUUGCCUUCUUUGGACUCUCAGCACAAAACUGGCAAACCUGUCUCAUCUGGACUGUCUGCAAUGCUCUGAGUGCACAUCUUACUAUACCAUGCAGCAGGUGUAGCUGGGCCAGAUGACCCCUACCACAAAUGACAGGCUUAAUUUUUGAAAUGUUUACCUAGGUGGUGCCCCUGGGCUCUCCCCGUCUCAUUUGGCAUUUCUGGAGGUGGUCUGUGACUGAGUCAAGGACAUCCUUUAAGAAAAAAAGAAACACUUGUGGUUCUUCUCCAUUGGAAGAGAAGAAAAAGGAAGGAAAUGGCAGGUGGAGAGGGAGAGAGAAAGGAAUAGAAAUGGCAAAUCUUUGAUGGCUGUGGUUUGUGUGAGAGCAAGGGGGAAGAGCGUGGAGGGUGUAGAGCAUCUGUGCAGGCACUGCAUGGUAGCAGUUAAGCAUGGCUAGAGCCUCACAUACAAGUAAAGUGAGUUGAAAAGAAAAUUCUUGUUCCCUGGGCACUCAUCAUCUGUAGAAUUUCUACUAGCAAACCCUCCCAGGACAAGCUUAAAAAAAAAGUGAAGAAUCCCUGUCUCACAACCGUUGGUCUAAAAGCCAGAAGGGACAUGACAAUGGAAGUUGCUGGGAGAGACAGAAUGCUCUACUCUCUUUGAUCUACUUUUCUACCCUCACACCAACCCUGUAAUGUAGAAUUUAAAAUUGACAUCAAAUAUAAAGUAAUUUGGACCUCAAGGGAAGGAAAGAGGACAGUGUGAGCAAGGAUAUUAUGAUUUGGUCCAACUUAUAGGUUUCUGAGCAAGGAGCCUGGAGUCUCUUGAGAGUAGGCAUUUGGGGAAAGGGGAAUAUGUGAAGUUUAGGAGUGCUCACUUUAUUGCAAUAUCCAGAAAAGAAGUCGAAUGACAUCUUAAACUAGAUUGCAAUAUUACUCAACAUUGUUACUUUGAGUGGAUGGAUCAGUCACAUGGGACAAGUGAGAGAAAACUCCCAGGUAAAAACAUACCCAGAGUGUCAGCUGUGAGAUGACAUCUGUUUAGUGAUGAUCAAUCUUACAUUGAAGGGCUCAGAUAUUUUAGACAGGGUGGGUUUACAAAACUCUCAGUGCAAAAGCGGGGUUUAUUUGGUAACAGCAAGGUAAAGUUAUGAGCAUGUUAUUGCCACAGUUUCCAUUUUUGUGGUUUCAAAAACUUUUUCAUGAAGAACUUGGAAUUAGCAGAGGCUCCUUGUUUCUGUUGUUUUUAUGUGGGAGAAGAGAAAGAGCUUAGAAUUGUAUUUUUCCAAGCAAGUACUGUGAUUUAUAAGAAGGUCAAUCAUUACAAGACAUGUUCAACAGUGUAUCAUUCUUAGUGUUCAAUACAAUGUUUAUCAUAAGACAUGCACCUGAGUUUAUAUUUUUCUGCCAGGCUUUCAGACAAUAAUGUCCUGCUAUGCAAACUCUCUAUUUUAUGUGUGCAUUUUUUAAACUGUAAUUUUAUGGGUGAAUUUUUUUAACUAACUAUAUCAUCAUUUUCUAUGUUGACUUUUUUUUUUUUAAUCUGUUUCCAACUGUCUGAGUCUGUGAACCAUCCCUUCUGACUGGAUGCUGGCCUAAAAUCCUAUUAGUGUUUAAACAGACCUCAGAAACACCCUGAACCUGUAGGCAAAUUCAGAGACAUGGCUCUUUGAUAUAUCUUGGGCCCUUGAUGUCUUCAAUAAACAAGGUCGUAAUUCCUUUAAACUCAGUGUUUUCUGUAGACGCUUUCUUCUCUGUUUUGUUAAGGACAAUAAACCCUCUAUGGUUUUCCAAGGGAAGGAAACUCCUACCCCAGACUCUAGCAUUGGAAGGGAGGUUAGAGAUGGUGGAGUCUGGCACUCUGCCAGCCUUUCAAGAUGAAGUAAGGGGUCUAGAAUAUUCAGGAGUCAUGCCUCAGCCCACCAGAUACUUGGUGGUGGACCUGCGUAUAAACCUGGGGUUUUCUGAGGCCUUGACUUUGUGUCCCCUGCCCCAGUACCUUUUGCUGUGGCUGGAAACAUAAUGACACCCCAUGUGAUUCUUCUCAAGAUCUUCACUGUGGAAGGCAAGCGCACGGGUCCACUGUUAGGCAUCUGGCCAUUAACUUUUCCAAAUAUUUUAAGUCCCUGAUUCUUCCUGGAGAAGUUAAGGAGCCACUUAACAUUUUUAUAAACCUCUGAUGCUGUUGUGAGCACAACAUUCUAGUGCAUACAAUCUUCUCUUCCUAAAACAAGUGGGGUAUUUUGACAAAUUCAUUUUUCCCUGGGUACUUAUAACUUAAUUAUAAAGGGGACCCUAAAGACAGAUAGCAGCUGAGGAGUCAGCUUGCUUUCUAGAAACUGAGGUUCUGAUGGUAACCAAGCAGGAAUCAUUUCCUCUCCCCUUAGACUAAGAGGUACAUUUAGUCCAUCCUGUCCAUUUCCCCAUUCUCGGAUACCUGCUGUGAAAUCUGGUGAGCUUCUAUCCCAGUGGAAGUUCACAUUCUGCUAAGCCUCAUCUUCAUCAAGCAGAGGGGAAUUAUUCCAAGAGGCAGCAAAGAGAAGGGACCACAAAUAUUUGUGACUUUGUCUACUGGACAUUUUUUCAAAGUGUCGUUGAACUCACUCAGCAAACAAAACUUCCGGAAAAGUUUCCCAAAACUUAGGCCCUUCUCCAUUUGUCCAAAAAUGGAUGGCUGCUCUAAAAUUCUGAACUUCUUGAAACUCCAUUUGCUACAGCAUUAAUUCUGAAGUUUGAACAUGACUUUUUCUGUCUUUGAGUACAGAAAUGUUUGUUUAAUUAAUGAUGAACAGGUAGGUCUGUUAAACAGAAGGCUCCAAGCAGUGCUCUGCACUUGAGAGCUCUUGGCACCAUCUUUACCAAGUGCCAAUUACCCCAGCCAAAGGGGAUGUAUAUAAAGUCCAUGUCCUAAGCUUAGAAGCUUUGCUUUUUUAAUGAAAAAUACUAUAGGGGGUUGAACAUUGUAACUAAAAAUAUAAGGUUAGACCAAUUACAUGCAAAGAUGUUUAUUUACUAUUGUGUGAGCUGAGUCCAUCUGUAUAAAUUAUUGGCACACUUUUCUUGCAUGAUGAACUGAUUUUUUUAUAGCUGUUUGUACCAGACAGUGGCAUAUUUUUGUAAAAAUUUUUGACACUUAAUUGUAAUAAAUGUUUCUCCAACAACACA